AUGGUAAACUCGCGAAAUUCAAUAAAUCAUCGAUUUUUCAAUUGCAUUGAUAAGGACAGUAUUCGAAAAAUGGCUGCAAUUGUAGUACCAUCUCGAUUUGCCGGCCUCAAGAUAGAGGAUGAUGAAUAUCCUUCUUCUAGCGAAAGUCAAAAAUCUAAAAAACCUGCUAAAAUUAACAGUGCCAAGAAGUUCGAGCCUUCAAAGAAAGCAAAGAAUAAUACUACUCCAAAAACACAGAGCCAACCUGCACCAAAGAAGAAGAAAAACAAGCAAAAUAAUACCUCUGCUGAACAGUGGGAGAUUUGGAAACAGAAAGAUGAGGAACUCAUUGAUGGCAACUUUGAAACUGAACUCCAACAAGCCAUUCUUUUAUCCAAAUUGGACUUUGAAGAAAAGAAAAUUGUACACAAACACCCCAAGAAAGAAGCUGACGUAGAGAAAAAGGGGCAAGAACAAAAUGCCCGUGCAAAUAGCAAGAAACAAAAGAAGAAAAAUGUUAUGAGCCUGGACCAGUUCAAUGAAUUGGUAAAUAAUGGUGAAGAUAUCAAAUUAAAUCAUUUUGAUGAAAAGAAUUCUGCUGAAGUAGCGAAGACCCCGGAAUUAAAAGAUACAGAAUUUUUCGAGAGGGUCAAAAAUGAAACAAAAAAUGAGAUUUUAAAGGACAAAAUCAAUGAUAGAGUAAAACAUCGUCUGCAGAUAUCCGACGAGAUUAUUACUCGCGUGCAGUUCGCCGACGCGUUAGAGAGGAAAGAACAAGAAAUAGAAGCUUUAAAGAAAGAGAUUACAAGCCUAAAGGAGGAGCUAUUUACAGUCAAGUGUAGAAACAGAAAAUUGUGCAAUAUACUAGGUCAGGGUGAAAUGAAAGACAAAGCCGAGGUGUUGGUGGAGGUGGAGCGGCUACGGGCGGUGCAGACUGAACUGACAACGGAGCUGGCGUCACUACAUACAGACCUGGAGAAAGAACGAUCAAAGAACACAGAUCCUAGAGCUAAAGACAAGAAAUACAGUACUACAAAGAAGAAAAACAUACGCUUUGAUGUUUCAUCCGAAGCUAUCAUAUCGAAAGAAUCUAGCUCUGGAACUGGUUAA